UUGAGAAAAAGUAGAUCUGACUUGACUGAACCUUACAAAAUCAGCUCUUAACAUGAGAAAUACUAUCACUUAUAUGCAUUAUUUUAUUCUUAUCACUGGUUGAUGUGGAUCUCCAAAUGUAUAGUUCAUAAAUCUCCAUGUUUCCUUCCUACGUCCCUUAUUUUGUCUUUUCAUUUUCUCAGCGACUAUUCAUACCCUCUUUGUCUUCCAUUAUCUUUAACACCAAGGCUGCCUCCAGCUAUCGAUUAAUCAACCCUUUGGCUCACAAUUCACACUCUCUGGUGUAGUCUCAUUCCGGCUUGCAACUCACACAAUUAUUAACUUAUUAUUCGUGUCUGAUUUACACCAAACGGUUUCUUUGUCCUCUUAUCUUCCAAAAAAUCUUGAGGAGUGUUAUCUCUCCCUGUCUCUCUGUCUCUGUGUUUUCUCCCUCUUGACACUGUUGAACCAGUAGUUAACAUGCCCCUAUAUGGUUUUUCACGUGGAGCUGUUGAAAUGACGUGGUUAAUAAUGCUUAGUGUUGACUACUCAAGAAGCCUCUUCUGGCUGUUAUUUGGUGUCUUGCACGAGAACCAUGUAGUGGAAGCUUCGUAUCAUCUAGCACCCGCUUUCUAAAUCAGCUUGAGGUUCUAUAUAACUAUGUUCUUUUGUUGCUAAAUUAUUAUUAGUACUCGUGGCUAUACAUAAUAAGCAUAGCACGGGCUUAAGUCAGAAAAGUUGUUAGACAUGGAAUUGCCUGAUACAAUCAAUACAGCCAUGUACAAGGGGAGAUUCUGCACGAGUGGUGGAGUUAAGGCUCAGCUUGGUUAUGUUGAAACUGAUCCAUCUGGUCGAUAUGGGCGAUUCAGGGAUAUUCUGGGGAAGGGAGCAAUGAAGACUGUGUAUAGGGCAUUUGAUGAGUUACUAGGGAUUGAAGUGGCUUGGAACCAAGUCAAGCUUGGUGAUGUCUUUCACUCACCAGAGCAUCUUCAGCGCCUUUAUUCAGAGGUUCAUCUCCUUAAGCACCUAGACCAUGAAUCUAUGAUGAUCUUCUAUGGUUCUUGGAUCGAUGUCAACAACAGAACCUUCAACUUCAUCACUGAAUUGUUCACCUCCGGCACCCUAAGAGAGUACAGGCAGAAGUAUAAACGAGUAGAUAUCAGAGCAGUUAAGAAUUGGGCUCGCCAGAUUCUAAGUGGUUUGGAGUAUUUACACAGCCAUAAUCCUCCUGUAAUACAUAGAGAUCUCAAGUGUGACAAUAUAUUUGUCAAUGGCCAUCAGGGUAGGGUCAAAAUUGGUGACUUAGGCCUGGCAGCUAUACUUCGUAGCUCCCAACAUGCCCACAGUGUCAUAGGCACACCAGAAUUCAUGGCACCAGAACUGUAUGAAGAGAAGUACAACGAGCUGGUAGAUAUAUACUCCUUCGGUAUGUGCAUGAUAGAGAUGCUUACUUUUGAGUUCCCAUACAGUGAGUGCGCCAACCCAGCUCAAAUAUACAAGAAAGUUACUUCGGGGAAGCUACCUGAAGCGUUUUACAGAAUCCAAGAUUUGGAAGCCCAGAAGUUUGUGGGAAAAUGUUUGGCAAAUGUCUCAGAGAGACCAUCAGCGAAGGAGCUCUUGUUGGACCCAUUUUUAGCCAUGGACCAACUUGAAAUACCAUUGCCACCAAGCAUACCCUUGUGUCCAAAUCAAACACUAAAGCUUAAUUCCAUUGCACUAUUUCCCGGUGUGCAUCUUGAUCAAACAAAGAGCGCGGAUAUGACAAUCACUGGCUCAAUAAAUGAAGAGGACAACACUGUUUUCCUUAAAGUGCGGAUAUCUGACAAAAUGGGGCACACAAGGCACGUGUUCUUCCCAUUUGACACAUUAAAAGACACGGCUAUACAGGUGGCGAUGGAGAUGGUACAAGAACUUGAGAUAAGCCACUUGGAACCACUGGAGAUUGCUGCAAUGAUAGAUCAUGAGGUAUCAGCUCUAGUUCCAACUUGGAGGGACAGGGUUAAGUGUCACCACCAACGACAGUACAGCUUUAACUACGAAGAAGAUGAUGAUGCCAAUAACCAUCAUCCUUUCUUCUUAUCAUCUUCUCCAUCAUCCCCUCGCGGAUCUGGCCACAUGUCUGCUUCCAACUCCUUCAAGACCCGUGUUCGUGGGAACCUUUACCCAUUUACUCAAGAAUGGCCUCAAGAUGAUCAGUUUGUGAACGAUGACACAAGCUCCCAAACCUCAGUGAACUCCUUCAAGUGUUCAACAUUCCAAUUGUGCGACCCCGGGAACGAAGACGAGCACGGGUUAACAACAGCAAUAGACAGAAGCGAUCAACGCAACAAGUGCACAGCAUUAUCAUACCGUGGUGGGGAAGAAUCAGCAGAAGCGAGUUUGGCGAGACAGUUUUACUACCCAACGAGAAUGGAGUCGUCUCGUGGGUGCAUGUUAGGGUCGAGCCACGCGUGUCCGAGGUUGACGAGGAUCCGGUCGUGCCCGCAUGAGCGGAGGAGCCAGCAGCUUCAGCGGUCGAUGUUGGAGGAGAUUUACAAGUACAAGAGGCGCUUGUUCAACACUGUUGGCGCCGUUGAGAACAUCGGGUUCCGGCAUCCCGUGAGAGGUGGGUGCUUACGUGGUUGAAUGAAGCUUCGGAGUAAGAAUCAAAGAAGCUCUUCGUUUCUGAUGAUUUCUGCCUUUUGUUGUUCUUGUUCUUGUUUUGCAAAGCCAAUAUGUGUAUAAUGGAUAUAUGUGUAUUUGAUAAGACCAUGUGGUUUGUUUUUGUCAAAUUCUGCAUGCUCUUUGUCUCGGACUCUGGCUGCCACUAGAGUGCUUUUGAUUUAUAUAUUAUCAUGAAUGAUGAAUGAUGAAUGAUGCAUGUUAAUUGUUAAUG